AUGGGCAGGAAACUCCCCCUGCUUGAGGAACCACCCCAACCCUCUCUGCCUGCUUGGGAACUGUGGCCUAGGGUGUCUGUAUGUAGACCAGAGGAGCUGAGAGCACAGCCCUACCCGGCUGUCUGCGUCUGUGGCUGGGUGUCUGCUGCCAGUGGCAACGAGUGCGUGGGCAGGCACGAGAGGUCUGGCCCUGGCUCCUCCCUGACCUCGGCCAGGGCAGGGUGGUGCCUCCUGUUUGAUCUGGAGCCUGGAGCCAACCUGCACUGCUUUCUGCCCCUCCGCCUGGGCACCCUGGUACAACACAGCCCCCAAGGCUCCUACCUGGCGUCUCUCCUGGCCAUCCUGUUACUCUGGCCCUCAGCCUACAUUCACAUCCCUAUAAACCGGGACACCUUCUCUGGACAGCUGCCAGGCCCUGCUUGCACUGACCUGGCCUUGAAGACUGAAGCUGCGGUUUGCAUCAUCCCUGGGCGUGGGGCUGACCUCGAAGAACAAAUUCGAAGAAAACAGGAGGAGGAGCAGGCAUGGACCGCGCCCAGCGCCCAUUGGCUGCCCAUGGAGACUUUGGUUUUUGGGGUCAUGUUCCCAGAAGGGCUCCCAGGCGGGAGCUUGUCACCCCUAGCAGGGAGCUUGUCACCCCUAGCAGGCGAGGGCCGGAGCUCGGGCACCCAGCAUGCGGGUACAGCUCACACAGAGGAUGCUGCUUGUCACCCCAAGGAUCCACCUGUGACUUCCUUGCUAAGGCAGGUGACACCCUUCUCUGCUUCAGGUCUGGUCCUCGGACUGCUGUUGCUGUGCAUGGCAGCCAUGGCCAGCUGCCCUGAGGAGUACAAAGUUGUUCACCAGCUACGGCAGCAGGCGAAAAUCAUGACAAACACCAGCAUGCUCCUGGACCCCUAUAUUCGUAUCCAAGGUUUGAACAUGGUACACAGUAAAGAUAAAUGCAAGGAACAUCUCGAGAGCUUCCCCAGCUUGGAUACCCUACAGAAACUCAGCAGAGUGGGUUUCCUUCAGACCCUCCAUGCCAUCCUGGGGCGGGUUCUGCACAGACUGCCUGCCCAGCAGCCUAAAAUGCCCCUUGUCACCCAGGACGACUUGGACAGGAAAAAGUUGUACUACACAAAACAAUUUAUCCAAGGGGCCAAGAACAACAUCUUUUGCCUGGUGGUCCGGCUUCUCAAUGACUCUUCAGAGUUGGCCUUGCCCACUCAGGUCAACCUGGGGACCUCCACCUCACCCACUCCCUCUUUAGGCUUCCAGCACAAGUUGGAUGGUUGCCGGUUCCUACAAGGCUACCAUCACUUUAUGCAAUCUGUGGAGCAGAUCUUUGGCAAGUGGGAGGAGGGCCUGAAUCGGAGUCGGAGCCGGAGCCGGAGCAGGAGACACAGCCCCCUCUUGGCCCUGCAGGGACAGGCCAGAAGGAAAAGACCUUCCAGGAAGGCCAAGAGGCCUGUGUCUAGGGGGCUGCUUCCCUGGUAG